AUGAGGCACUGCAGCAGCUUCUACAGAGGCCUGGGCUAUGGCCCUGGAGGCUUUGAUGGCCUGGGCUGGGGCUAUGGCUUGGGAGGCUUCGACGGCCUGGGCUGGGGCUACGGCUGUGGACUUGGCAGCUUCCGCAGACUGGGCUAUGGCUGUGGCUUUGGAGGUUUCGGAUACGGCUACCGCCCAUUACGCUACGGAGGAUGCGGAUUCUCCAGCUUCUACUGA